UUCUCGCCUCCUCCUUACCACCCACCAACCAUCCCCUCAACCCUUUAGACCACAAUAUGACCCAAGCAGCUUGGCGCCAAUUCUUCUCGUACAACCGCUACACGGCCAUCUGCGGUCGUGCGACGCGCUCGGCCCUCAAGGAGUCGGAGAGGGUCAAGGCUGAGCGUCGUGGUGAGACGAGCCUGCGAUACCAGGAGUGGAAGGAUGGCAAAGCUGGGGAGCAGACUAGCAUCAAGGCUCAGCCUAAGCAGCAGUAGACGAUGGGCGGAGGAUAGCGUGGGAGCAGACGAUGUAGAGGGGCAGUAGAGGGUGGGAAGACACAACAAUUGAUACAGAUUUCAAUUAUCCAGCAACGACAAAAGAAUCGCGGCCUCACCGGCCAUGGUCAUCGCUCCACACGUUUGCCUCGCCUUGCCCUUGCCCAUCUGGUGGUAUCGAGGUCGACUGCGUCUUCUUCCCCGCCCUCUCCUCAACAUCAUCAUCAUCGUCAUCGAUGCUGAACAACAUUGUUGAGCCAUUCGAUCUUCCCCCUUGCUGCGUCGAGUAGAUGUCGUCGUCAUGCGCACUCCAAGGAUCAUGUCGUCCUCUCCCUCCU